AUGAUGUUAGUUCAAGAAAUUGUUUUGGUCUUUGCAACUUUGACUGUAUUGAUUCAGUCACACACUAUUCCUGGCUUGGGUUCAUUACACAUCCAGGAUGAUUUAUCCAAAAGGGCCAACUUGAUUGAUCCUGUUUAUGAAAAUUUGAAAGAUUCUGAAAUUGAUUUCAUCAAUACUCAUAUGACAAAUUUGACCAAUUACAAUACAACUUCUGACUGUGAUCUGUGUAAAUUCAGACUCAGAUACGCCAAAUCAUUGAUCGAUGACUAUCCAGAUCAGUCACAUUUAACCAGUUUAUUGUUAUUCAAGUACUGUAUUGAAAGCAACAAGGGAAAAGAAGAUAAAUGUGAUCAUGUUGAUUUCUUUGUCACCACUGAUUCAAAGAACUUUGAUAAAUUUGAUGAUGAUUUCGAUUCAGGUAUUGCACAAGUUGGUGGACUUAACUUCUAUGAUAAUGAUUUCUUGCAUAUGUUGAAGAAUUUCAAUCUUUCAAAUGAAUUGGAUAUGGAAUACUAUUGUUAUUUUAAACAAAAAGGUGCUUGUGAUUUACCAGAAACACCAGAUGUGGAGGAAUUGUUUGGUAUCUCCAAAUGGUGGCCAGAAAAGGAGCCACAUCAAUAUUUUGAACCAAAUUACACCAACAAUAGUGAGAUUUUUAACGUGUUGCAUCUUUCAGAUAUUCAUAUCCAAUUGAAAUAUGAUUUAGGUUCAGAAACUAAUUGUACUCAAGAUGUGUGCGGUCUUAAAGAAGCAUACAAUGAUGAAUUGCCUGGCAAGAAUUAUAACUUCACUGAUUACUAUAAAUCAUUCAACCCUGAAAUGACAAACAUGCAGUUUUCAUUCUAUCCAGAUGCCCACUAUGAUGAAAACGAUCAAUACAUCAAAGGUGAAUACUAUGACUAUCCGAAAUAUCGUGGGUGGAAUUUUAACUUCAUCCCUGCAACUUCUUUUGGUGCUUAUCUUUCUGAUUCUCCUGAAAUUCUUAUGAAUAAUUCUUUGAUCCACAUGGCUAAUGUUCAUAAAGACAAGAACUUUGAAUUUGCCAUCUUCACGGGUGAUGUCGUUGAUCAUCUUGUUGAAUCGUGUACUCCAGAAUACACCAAGGAAGAAGAAAUCAGAAGCUUCAAAGCAAUGAAACAUUUCUUUGGUAACAUUCCUGUGUUGCCAGCAUUGGGUAACCAUGAAAACUUCAAUUAUGGACAGCUCUCUCCAUUGAGAUACGAUCUUAACCAUACUUAUGAUUGGAAUGAAAACGAAAUGGUUGACUUGUGGGUUAACAAUGAAUGGUUUGAUGAGAAGGAUGCUGAAGAUCUCAAAAGUCACUAUGCUGGUUUUCUGUAUGUUACAAACCGUGGCUUGAAGGUUAUCGGGUUGAACUCCAACGCGUUCUAUCAAAAGAAUUUGUGGAGUUACAUCAACCAUACAACUGAAGCUGACUUAUUCGGCCAGUGGAGCUUUUUGGUUGAUGAGCUCUUAGCCAGUGAAAGAAAAGGACAAAGGGUGUGGAUUAUGGCUCAUAUACCUACAAGUGACUAUGAUGCUCUUCCAAUUCAAUCUAGGAUUUUUGGUAAGAUUGUUGAAAGAUUUUCUCCAUAUACUAUUGCUAACAUCUUUUAUGGUCACACUCAUCAAGAUCAGUUCCAUAUUUACUAUUCAUCCAAUUCAUCCCAAGAAGCUGAAGAUAUUAUCAAUAUGUCAUGGGUUUUGCAAUCAAUCACUCCAAUGGCUUUCUAUAAUCCAUCCUGGCGUUAUUAUGAAGUCCAACAUGAAAGUUUCAAUAUUAUGAAUUCAUACAACUACUACACUUUGUUAAAUGAGACUUUUGUUAACGGUGGUGCGGAACCUAUCUGGAGAUUUGAAUAUUCUGCCAGAGAUUUGUAUGAUCCUGAACACACUUGGCCCACUGAUGCUCCAUUGAAUGCUACUUUCUGGCAUAAAUAUGUUGCCACUCAAUUGAAGAAUGAAACCAAUAUUGAGUUCAAUCAAAAGUUUUUGGAGAUCCAAUACAGAUACGGUCCAGGUGUCACAGAUUGUGACAACAAUGGAACUGUUUCUGAUGAUUGCUAUAACCAGAACUAUUGCGUAGUUGGCAAUUUCUUCAGCGACGACUACCAAAAUUGUCUCAGAUACUAG